GGUUUAUCAAUUUCAUCAACUACUAUAACUGUGUAUGAUUAUCCUAGAACUCCCUAAAAAAUUAAAAAUCAUAUCUAUUAAAUUUUAUUUUAUUGAUUCUAUAUUCCGAGGCUGUUGCCUAGAAAAAAGUGCUAUUUUUAAAAUUAGUAUUUGGGUUCUAAAAGUUGUAUUACUUUUAGCUAUAAGUUUGCGGCUAAAGCAGUUUUAGAUUCAGUUUUUAUAAACAUUACAAAGCAGUAACAUAUCUUAAACCAAUGGUAAUUUAGUCUGCAUAUAAUUUAAUCUAGAGGUUGGUAAAAGUUUAUUAAACUAACACAUUUUAAUACCUAUAUGUAUAUUUUUUGAGCAGUAGAAUCUGAGAUGAAUUCUUCAAAUAAAUUAAUAUCAGACUAUGAUGAAAACAAUGAAGACUUUAUUGAAUACGAUGAGUCGUCAGUUUUAGAAUCUGGUCCUACAUCAGCACCAUUUUUAAACUAUGUUGUUGAAGUUCCAAAGAAGUCUAAAAGAUCUCCUUGUUUCAAAAUUGUAGUAGCUCUAGUUCUAUUUCUUCUUCUCUUCUCAUUGGUAUUCUUAUUUUUAUAUAUACACCAAAUUAAUAAGUCAAUAUUUCAUCAACCAUACUGUGUAACAGCUAGUUGUGUUGAAGCAUCGGCUUUUAUCAAGUCUAAUUUAGAUGAAAGUGUUAAUCCUUGUUUUGACUUUUAUGCUUAUUCCUGUGGAGGAUGGCAAAAAAAGAAUCCUAUACCAGAUGGAGAAACCUCUUGGUCUAUAUCUUUAGAGCUAUGGUCACAAAACUUACAGCUAUUAAGAGGUAUUCUUGAUAAACCUUCCUUAGAAAGAAACAAUUUUACUAGUAGAUCUGAGUUUGCUGCUUAUAUACUUUAUCAAAGCUGUCAAAACUUAGAUGUUAUUAAUAGACUAGGUACAAAGCCAUUGUUGAAUAUUUUGAAAAUUUUUGGUGGCUUCCAACAAAGAACUGAACGUGAAGAAAAGUUUGAUAAAGAAAAAUUUAAUAUCAUGAUUAACAAUUUUACAAAAUAUGCUGGUAUUGAGUUAUUUUUGUCCAUAUUUGUUACUGAAGAUGAUCAAAAUUCUAAAAAGAACAUUAUUAAACUUUAUCAGCAAGGCCUUGCUUUGGCAUCAUUUCGUUACAAUGAAAAUAGUACAGAUAGUGUUAUACAGGCCUAUAUCUGGUAUCUUACAAAUCUUGCAAAAAAGUUGGAUGUUGAAAUUUCUGUAGAUGCAGCGUACGAAAUAGCAAAUGAAACAUUUCACUUUGAAAAAGAUCUAUCAAAGAUUUUUGUGCCUGCAGAGAAUUUAGUUACAAUAGAAGAUCGGUACUACAAGACAACUCUAAAGGAACUGCAAAAACAUGUUAAAAAUAUUGACUGGCUGAUUUACAUGAAUAAUGUAUUCAAUUCAACUGGUAUAGAGUUUACAGAAGAUGAGCCUAUAGUCAUAGAAAGUAUGAAGUUUGCUGACAACCUUGAUUCUUUAUUAGAAAAGACAAGUAUGAGAGUGUUGCAGAACUACAUGAUGUUUUAUCUGGCACGAUCUUAUUCCAACAUAAUUACUGAAGAUUUUCCUUUAUUGGCUAAGAACUUAUCCAUAGCAGAGUUUGGUGUUUUUAAGUUAGAGCCACGUUGGAAGCGUUGUAUAGGAACAACUGAUCGUGGUUUGGGCUUGGCUUUAGGAAGUUUGUUUGUUAAAGAAGCAUUUGCUGGCAGUAGUUAUGAUGAGGCACUUAAAAUGGUUGAAGCUGUGAGAACAGCAUUUAUAGCAUCAUUUAAGUCACUCUCUUGGAUGGAUGAGCCAACACGUCUAGCUGCGCAAGAAAAGGCUGACUCAAUUAACCAAAAGAUUGGCUAUCCAAAAUUUAUACUUGAUAAAGACAAGCUUGACUUUUAUUAUGAAGGGUUGGAGUUGCAUCCUGAAGAAUAUUUUGCUAAUGAAGUUAAAGUUAUGCGACAUAUGAAAUCAAAAGAGCUAAAACAAUUAAGGAAAAAAGUUGACAAAACCACUUGGGCAAUGACACCUCCUACAAUUAAUGCAUACUAUGACCCAAGCAAAAAUGAGAUAGUAUUUCCUGCCGGUAUUCUCCAAGCUCCAUAUUUCAAAUAUGAUUAUCCAAAGUUUGUUAAUUAUGGCGGUAUGGGAAGUGUAAUUGGACAUGAAAUUACCCAUGGGUUUGACAAUAAUGGUCGAUUAUAUGAUGCUCAAGGUAACUAUCACAAUGACAGUUGGUGGAGUAAAGAAUCUGUUGUAAAGUUUAAAGAUAGAUCUAAUUGUUUUGUAAAUGAAUAUUCUAAAUUUUCAGAGGCAAAAUAUAAUAUAAAAGGAAAUGUGACGCUUGGUGAAAAUCUUGCAGACAAUGGAGGAUUAAAAGCUUCUUUUAAGGCUUACAAAAUGUGGGUUGAGAAAAAUGGAGAAGAACUAAUGUUACCUGGUUUAGGAAAAUCAAAUGAUGAAGUUUUUUUCAUUGCUUUUGCUCAGUCUUGGUGUACAUCUAAAUUAAGCAAUGUGUUGAUUGAUCAAAUAAAUACAGAUGUGCACUCUCCAGAGUUUGACAGGGUUCGUGGUUCUGUGAAAUUUAAUAAAGACUUUGCAAAGAUAUUUAAUUGUCCCAUCGGCUCUCCUAUGAAUCCAGAAGUGAAGUGCUCCGUUUGGUAAACGUUAACACUUGUGGUUUUUAAGUUGUAAAAUCAUUUAUUUAAAAAAUCCCAAUUGUCCACACGACUUUGUUUUGAGAUAAUCGAUAAAAACUGAUUAUCUAUAAAAAAAGAAAGUUAAACAAAAUCAAGAGAGCGGCUUCAUAAAGAUAACGGUACUAGUGUUUUUUUUGUACUUAAGUUGUAAGUCUAUCUACACUAUUCCGUUCAUAACUCAAUACCGACAAACAGGGUUUUUUUAAAUAAUUGAUUUAUUUGAAUCACUGUUAAAGUGAUUAAAAGAUGUAUUAUAUAUGUAUAGAGUGAUGCAUUAUAUAGGAUGCAUAUGUAUAUGAUGUAGUGUAUGUUUAUCUUUAAGUAUAUGUA